AAUAAACCAUUAGCCUUCCCUCAUUUCUCAUUCCCAUUCCUGGCGCUCAACAUGGAUUCUACGACUAGUGUACCAGUAUACUCUAGUAUCUAGUAUAGGCGCACCAUAUCCCUACAUUUAUGCCACCAAGGAAGCCAAGGACAAUACACCCACUGUUUGCUAAUGUCGCUACGAGAACUUCUCUUAUCCUGUGCGUAAGACAAGAGGGAUCGCCAUGACAGACCAAGAGUUACAUUACAAUAAAGCGUUUGGUGGAUUUCGGUCAAGCAUUGAAGGGUGCUUUGGAGACAUGUAAUCCACGUUCUUCAAGCUCACACAUGACGCUCCCUUCCGUCUCUCAGACGCAAAGAUGUUUGAUCUUCGAUUCAAGCUUUGUUGCCUGCUUAUGAAUAUCAAGAGAGCCGUGUCAAUCCAUAAUAUCGCCACUCAGACGCACCACACAUUCUGGAUACAAGAUGCGUUUGACUUUUCAGACAGCAAUGGUUAUCAAGGUUGCUAAUGGGAAGCUCUCCAGCAUCAAAGUCAAACUAAAUCAUGGUCGGAAUCUGCUGAAGCUACAAGAGGCAUACCUAUCUGUAGCUAGUUUGCAGUCUAACGUAUUAAACACUGCAGAUGAGGCUAUGGCAGAGAUAGCGCAGGAGGGAUACGAGGUUGCUAGGAUUUUAAACCAUCGCAGAGGAAAUGAUGGCAUGGGGUUUCUGGUCCAAUGGGAAGGCUUCGAUAUCUCUGAGGUAGCAUGGGCAACUCUGCAACAUCCCAACUACAAACAGUGUAUUCAAGGCUAUUGGAGAGCUAAAAUUAGCUUCUAGAGACCGAUUGCACAUAAUUUCAAAAACCAGCAUGUCGCGCACGAACCAUGGGGGGCGACUUUUUAAAUUUUAUUAUAGAGAUGGAAUCCAAAGUCACCGAUAAAAACUAUAUAUAUUUAUCA